UGCAGCAGUUGUUGACAGGAGCCGUCGAGUGGAGAAGGGGUCGGGGAGCAAUUCCUGCAGCCAGCUGGCAGUCGGCUAUUUGCAUUCAAAAAAAGCUGAAAAAAUGCCCUGGAAUGAACGUUGUUAACGUGGGGCCCAGCGAUCGAGCAGAAGUGUGGAGCUGUCGCUGUCAGACACGAUCUGGCGCCUUUGGUGCCGCUAGCCGAGGCGUGUCCCCCGAUCCUGCCGGCUGCGUUUAGCCGAGGGGCAGUGCCACAAUGCUGUGCUGGGGAAAUGCCUCCUACGGACAGCUGGGCUUGGGUGGGAUCGACGAGGAGAUCGUGGUCGAGCCGCGGACAUGCGACUUCUUCCACGGGAAGCGAGUGUGUGACGUGGGGUGUGGCCGCAGACACACCGCCGUCCUGCUGGAGGACGGGACGGUGUACACCUGUGGCUGCAAUGACCUGGGCCAGCUGGGGCACGAGAAGUCCAGGAAGAAACCAGAACAGGUCGUGGCCCUGGACGCACAGAUCAUAACGGCGGUGUCAUGUGGAGAGGCCCACACGCUCGCCCUGAACGAUAAAGGGCAGAUUUUCUCCUGGGGCCUGGGCUCAGAUGGGCAGCUGGGCUUGAACAACUUUGAAGAAUGUGUCCGUGUGCCUAGAAACAUCAAGAGUUUGUCAGAUGUACAAAUCACUCAGGUAGCCUGUGGUUAUUGGCACUCCCAUGCACUUUCAAGAGGGGGGCAAGUCUUUUCGUGGGGCCAGAGUCGAUAUGGACAACUUGGGCUAGGAAUAAAGGGACAGAGCGUUUCCACACCGCAAGUCGUCCAGUCCCUGCAGGGCAUUCCUUUUGCCCAGAUAGCAGCAGGUGGUGCCCACAGCUUUGCCCUCACUCUCUCAGGAGCAGUGUUUGGUUGGGGGCGCAACAAGUUUGGUCAGCUGGGUCUCAAUGACACCAAUGAUCGAUGUUUCCCAGCACUGCUGAAAUCCCUUAGGUCACAGAGAGUGAUUUACAUCUCCUGUGGAGAAGAUCACACAGCAGCACUGACCAAGGAAGGAGGUGUGUUUACAUUUGGAGCAGGGGGAUACGGACAACUUGGACAUAACUCUACAAACCAUGAAAUCAACCCCCGGAAAGUGUUUGAGCUCAUGGGAAAUGUAGUUACGCAGAUUGCAUGUGGAAGGCAGCACACAUUGGCUUUCACACCCUCCUCUGGGAAGAUGGACUCGUUCGGGCUCGGUGGUAAUGGGCAGCUUGGUACGCGCUCCACUUGCAACAGGAAAAGCCCCGCCCCUGUCAAAGGCCUUGGGGUAGCCUCCAAUGCUCCAGCGUAUACAGACUCGGAGCAGGACUGUUGUGUGAAGAGGAUUUAUGCUGGAGGAGAUCAGAGCUUUGCUCACUAUUGCACUGCCAAUACCCUCCAGAGCGUAGACGACGUGAGGAUAAAAGAUUCCCACAUACGCAUCUGCACCUUAAAUGAGUCGAUCAUACAAAGAUGGUUGAACCAUUCACCAGGAAGACUCCCGCAAGAAAUCUCCAAUGAGAUUGACCUGGUGUUCUCCUCAGCAAGCUGCCUCAAUGGGUCUUUCCUGUCAAUGAGUCAUCCAGAUCACUACAGUACCAGCAGCAAAUGCUCAGGAGUGGACAUGAACACGGCUCGUAUCCUGUUUCACAGAGUGAUCCAGCAAGAUCAGCAUGAGAUAGCUCAGCAGAUUGCUGCCAGUCUGGAAAAGAACCUAAUUCCCAGACUGAAUAACUCUCCACCAGACAUUGAAGCCCUGAGACUCUACCUCACUCUUCCAGAAUGCCCUCUCUUCAGUGACCGAAAUAAUUAUGUGACUAUCGCCAUCCCAUUUGCCAAAUCCCUCCUCAGCCUGAAAGAGGCUCCACUAAAGGUGCUAGGAAACUGGUGGUCAAGUUUCGAGCCCCCAGUAUUCCAGCGGCUGGUCGAGGUUUACAAGGAGGUGGUGGUGUAUCUGCUUCAGAUGCACAAGGUGGGCAUUCCCUCAGUCGAGCAGAGAAUUUUCACCUGUUUCCUGGACACGUCCCUCCGGCUCCUGGAGAUCCUGCACAUGGUGAGUGAAAGGGCAGGACACAUUAUUCAGUACGAUAAAUUCUACAUCCAUGAGUUGGAUGACCUGAUAGACAUCAGAAAUGACUAUGUCACAUGGAUUCAGAGGCAGAUGUACCCAAUGGGCCAUGAUGGUGUGGUGACUCUGUGCAGGUAUCCUUUUGUAUUUGACGCCCAAGCGAAGACCACUCUGCUACAAACUGAUGCUGUCAUACAGAUGCAGAUGGCAGUGGACCAGGCACAGAUGCAAAACUUCAGCUCUAUGUUCCUGCCAGCAGUGGAAUCUGUCAACCCGUGCCUCAUCCUCAUCGUGCGGAGGGAAAAUAUUGUUGGAGACACCAUGGAAGUCCUCAGGAAGUCCAAGAAUGUUGACUACAAGAAACCGCUUAAGGUGAUCUUUGUCGGAGAAGAGGCGGUCGACGCAGGAGGCGUGAGAAAGGAGUUCUUCCUCCUGAUCAUGAAAGAGCUGCUGGAUCCCAAGUACGGCAUGUUUCGUUACUACGAGGAGUCCAGACUCAUCUGGUUUUCAAACAAGACCUUCGAAGACAUUGACUUGUUCAACCUCAUCGGACUCAUCUGCGGUCUGGCCAUCUACAAUCUCACAAUAGUGGAGCUCAACUUCCCCGUGGCCCUUUACAAGAAGCUCCUGAAGAGGAGGCCGACACUGGACGACCUGAAAGAGCUAAUGCCAGAUGUGGGAAGGAGUCUGCAACAUUUACUGGACUACACAGAAGAUGACCUCGAGGAAACGUUCUGCUUGAACUUCACAAUCACAGAGGAAAACUAUGGUGCCACAGAGGUUUUGGAACUAGUACCGAAUGGCGAAGACAUCAAUGUAAAUGAAUCAAACAGGCAGGAUUUUGUCCAUGCCUACGUCGACUAUGUUUUCAACACAUCUGUGGCCCCACUGUUUGAGUGCUUCUAUGCAGGCUUUCACAAAGUGUGCGGCGGGAAAGUCUUAGAGCUGUUCCAGCCCAAUGAACUGCAAGCCAUGGUCAUUGGCAACACCAAUUAUGACUGGACGGAGCUCGAAAAGAGUACUGAAUACAAAGGGGAGUACUGGGCGGACCAUCCCACCAUCAGGCUCUUCUGGGAAGUGUUCCACAGUCUUCCUAUAGAGAAGAAAAAACAGUUCCUCUUGUUCCUCACAGGAAGUGACCGCAUACCCAUCUUGGGCAUGAAAAACCUGAAGCUAGUGAUCCAGCCCACCGGAGGGGGCGAGCACUAUUUACCUGUCGCUCACACCUGUUUCAACCUGCUGGACCUGCCGAAGUACACGAGUCUGGAAACACUCCGUGAGAAGCUUCUCCAGGCUAUCGAUCACAAUCAAGGCUUUAAUCUCGCCUGAACGUACACAGAAAUGCCUAGAACUCAAGUUAACAGUCAAGACUGUCGAUGGCGAUCACUUCCCCAAAUGCUUUGUUUUGCAGACCUGAACACUGGUUGGAAAGAGGCCAUGUGACACUAGAAACAAGUAAGAGUUGGAUAAUUAGACUUGACUUAGAUUUUCCAGCUUUCCCCAUGCCAUUACAGUAUUUGAUGCCCUAUUACAAGCUGAUUGACAUUUGAUAUUGCUCUUGUAGAUAAACUUUUAUUCAUGUUUGGAUAUGACAAGUAUGAUGAAGCAGACUACUGGUAUAUACUUUACAGGACAGGCACACAGCAGCAUAAAGCCUGUAAAAUAUAAUUAAAUGCAGCAGCGCUACCUUCCCCUAGCUUAAAAUGUAAUGCAACAGUGAGAUAUUUUGUUUUGUUCAUUCUGUUGGACACGUUUCAGAAACGCCCAGAAAUAAAAUGAAAUACAAACACUGGCCUCAAAAUGACUAGAUUUAAAUCAACACUACUUUCAAAACAUCUUAAGCUCUACUUUGUAGUAACUGCUCUGACUAUUUUACAGGCGAUAAUGACACUAUCCACUCCCUGUGCAUUAAACAAUUAUACUCGGACAAUGAAAACUAACUCUCUUUAUGUUAAGUUCUAUUGUUGCAUUUGAUUGAGAGUAGUGCAAAGUGUACAGAUUGGGUUUUCUUGGCUUGCAAGCCUUCAACAAUCCACAAUUAAAAAUGAAUAAGCCACUGAAA